ACACGAAUACGAAUCAAUGUUGAGAAUCUAUAGUUUAAGUAGUAGUCGACACUAAGAACAUGAAGAUGAAGAAGCUUCUUAAAGUUGUGUUUCUCUUGGUCGCUUACUUAACUUGUUCCAUUGCCAUGGCUAGUUACCAUGGUUGUAACAGGGUUGCAGAGAAGGCAACGAGAAUGAAUGUAGUCGGAGAAGAUUCAAGAAAUGAGUUUGGAAACUACGAGGAGAAGAAGAAGAAGGCGAAUUUGUGGUCAGGUCGAAAGUUAGCUUCUGGUCCAAGUCGUAGAGGUUGUGGCCACUAA